GAACUGCUUUUGUGAAAUUCUUUUCAAAAUGGCAAGUGCCUCAAGAAAGAGGGUAUUAAUUGGUUGCACCGGUAGCGUCGCGACGAUUAAACUGCCUCUUCUAGUGGAUAAAUUAUGGAAAAAUAAUUUGGAAGUAAGAGUUGUCGUUACCGAGAGGGCAAAGCAUUUUUUAAAAGAGGCUGAGUUACCACCAGGAAUUCAGGUUCUGUCGGAUACAGUGGAAUGGGCUGCAUGGCAAGAUAGAGGAGAUCCGGUAUUACAUAUUGAUCUGGUUAAAUGGGCAGACCUAUUUUUAAUUGCACCGUUAGAUGCUAAUACUCUUGGUAAAAUGGCUGGUGGAAUAUGUGACAAUAUACUCACUUGCGUAGCUCGUGCUUGGGAUCCUUCGAAACCUUUACUGUUUUGUCCUGCAAUGAAUACGAAGAUGUGGGAGCAUCCGAUCACUGCGCAGCAGGUUUCGGUACUUAAAUCAUGGGGUUAUAAAGAAUUGCCAUGUAUUUCUAAAACUCUUAUGUGCGGUGAUACUGGAAUAGGUGGAAUGGCAGAAGUAGAUACGAUUGUUCAAACAACUCUGAGAUUACUUAAUCCAUGGGAUCCCUAUUCUCCACCUGAUUUGCGCAUAUAGCAGGAGGUGGAACCUGUAUACCGAAGGAGAUGUUACUCAGGAACGUAUCAACGGAAUGAGCGCACAUAGGACACGUUAAAAGAAUAAUAUUGAGAAUUUAAAGGUUCUAAGAGAGUCCAAUGGUAGUAUAUCUUGAUAGAAUUCCAAAGUAUUUUAUAACUUAAUUACGCUUAAUGCGUUUUAAGAUUUGUAGAACGUACUUUAGAAUUUACAAAGAUCAUACUGCUGUUUUUCUCUCUUUAUCUCUCAAUUGGAACGUUUAGAGGUACUAAGAAUUUAUUGAAUUACGGGCCACAGAAAGUAAAGGAACAAGGUUGUGAUUUUAGUUCACAUUGCCAAAGUAAAUAUGCUGUGAAAAUAAAUUCUUCUCUAACGAAAAGUAUACAAGGGUAAAAAAACAUGGUGUAUGAAAGAAAAACAUUUAUAAGCGUGUUAAAACAAAGUGAACUGGAAUCACUGCCACAUUGACGCAGCCUCAAUCAAAAAAUAUCAUGUAAAAUGAAUAAUCGAUAGAAGCAAAUAUUAUAAGGUAAGUAUGUAAAAUACAAUUCAAUGGAUUUGAACAGGAAAGAGAUUUGUGUAAGCCCUACGACAAGUGUUAAAUGAUGUGUAGGAUAAAAAAAAAAAAUCACAUAGCUUAUCGUUAUAACAUUCUUUUGUAGAAAAUUGUUGGUGUAUGUAACUUAUCUUUUUCUUUUUAUUUUUUUUCAACCUGUAAGUUUCAAAUAACACAUGCACAUAUAUUUUCGUUGUAGCUUCUAAUAAUAAAAUGUAAUCGAUCGUUAGAUAAGUAGAGAUUCUUUUGAUUGAGGCUGUAAAACUUUCUCUGUUGCAAUUGUGAAAAUUGUAAAAAUUGUAAAAAAAAAAAAAAGAAAGAGAAAAGAAAAAUUCUGUUGAACAUAUCGUUUAAAGUUGUUUCACCAAAUGCAAAUGUACAUGUUUUUGUUAAAAAAAAUAUAUAUAUAUAUAUAAAUAAUAUAUGUAUAUAUUAUAACAUAUAUACACACACAGACACACACACACACACACACACACAUAUAUAUAUAUAUAAUGAUAGCCAAAAAUAUUUUCUAAUUUAAUUAUGUUUACCAUUUAUUAUAAAGCAAAAGAUCUUGUUCAAUAAACAAUUACAUAAAAAUUA